GGUUUUACAGGAUAAAAAGCCUGCCCUUUAGCUGUUAGGCGCACAGUCUUGUAUAUUGGCUACUGGAGGUUGCGUCGCCAGGCCUGUGCUUUAAUAAAUAAUUUUUUCCUUUCCAAAUUAUUUUCUCUGGUUCCUUCACACCUCAGGAAGCGGGGGACCACCACAGAGACAUUGUUGUGGGCUCUACGACAUUGUUGUGGGAUCCAGGCCCUCAGCUGGAUUCUUUGGAUCUCUAGUGUGUGGAAAGAUUUCCUGUAGUCUUCUGCAUUUGACUCUUCGGGUGGGUGCUUCUAAGCCACCGGGUGCACGAACGCCAAGGGAUGCUGGUCUUGCUUCUGCAUGCAAGGACACGGAGUUUGAUUGACUCAUUGGGACAGAAUGUUUACUUCCCAGAGCCAGAAUAACUUCAGACGUGCACCAAAACUCUGCUGUUCCUCACAGAAUGCAGAAAAAUAUUCAGAGUCUGCAUGCUGCAAAGAGGAGUUGUCCUUGCUACAGAAACCUGAAAUCCAUCCAGACUUCUUGUGACAAGUUGGAGAGCUCAGCGGUGACAUCAUUUGCUAACAAUAGAUGCAUUUAAAAUUAAUGACUGUCUCCACAUCCCCUGAUGCUUUCAUUUAAAACACACUGGAGCAGCACAGAGAAUGUUGUUCACCAGCAAUGGGGACAACAUGUUCCCGAGAAGCAGGCAGGAACAGUGCACUGCCUCCUCGGUUAAGAAAAAAAAAUGACUGAAUGAGCCUUGGAAAACAAGACCUUGGGAGAAUCAGAAGUGGAUCAGAGCAGGGGAAAGCUGGGGAGAGAUCAAGAUAGAAGUUCCCCUUCUUGGCACAAGUGCCUCUUUUCUAGAUGGUUAAGUGCAAAGGUUCUCACCUCUGCUGUCUGUGUUAAUCCUGCAAGAGUCCUGUUGUUGUUUAUAGCAUAAUAUCCAAGUUCCAGUAGGGUUCUUUAUAUCUGGUUUGCACUGCACUGAGUUUAAGAGGUCAGGAUCUGUGUUUUAUCCACCUUUCUGUCUUAGAGUCUAGGACAUAGUAGGUGCUUAAUAAAAGCUUGUUGGUGGAAUGACUGAAGCUGCACAAGUUAGAACCAUAAUUCAGUCUGCCACACUCUCAACCUCCAGAAUUGUCAUAUUAGGUCUCCUAAGAGAUAAGGAUUGCAUUUAAAAGCCUAUGGGAGCUGGGUGUGGUGGCACACACCUGUGAUCCCAGCACUCAAGAGGCUGAUGCAGGAGGAUUGUCGUGAGUUCAAGGUCAGCCUGAACGACAUAGUGAGACCUUGUCAAAAAAAGAAAGGCCUAUAGGAAAGCAAAAUCACAAUGCAAUGUUGGUUACUAGAAUGGCUAAAAGGUAAAAGAUCGAUAAACAUCAAGUGUUGAAGAUGAGCAACUGGAACUCUCAUACUUAGCUGGCAAGGCUGUAAAAUGGGGUGAUCAUUUUGGAGAACUAUUUGGUACUUUCUUCGAAAGUAAAACAUACAUUUAUCAUAUGACCCAGCAAUCUCACUUGUAGAAAAAUGAGAAAUGAAAAUACAUGUCCAUAAGGAAUCUUGUAUAUAAGUCUUAUAUCAGUCUUAGUCACAUUAAGCUGAAACUGGAAAAAUUCAAAUGUCAACCAAUAGGUGACUGAAUAAACAAAUUGAGAUACCUUUAUAUAACAUGGUACUGCACAACAAUGAAAAGGAACAAUCAACUGAUCUUUGUUACGAAGUGGGUGGAGCUCACAAAAUGUUGAGUGAAUGAACAAUUGGAUUCCAUUUAUAUAAGUUGUAGAAGGGCAAAACUUCAGAAAACAGAACUGUAGCCAGGGAUUAUCUGGAGCCAGGGUUGAGGACUGAUAUUACGGAGACUUGAGGAAAGAUUUUGGAAAUUAGAAAUGUUCUAAAUCUUGAUUGGAUGGUGGGUAUAUGUGUUUGUCAUAGUCACUGAACUGUACACAAAAAAGGAUGCAUUUUGUUAUGAGUAUAUGGUACCUCUGUCAACUUGAUUUAAAAGAAGAAAAGAGGGGGUCAGCGAUAUAGCUCAGUGGCAUAGUGCUUGCCUGGCAAGCACAAGGUCCUGAAUUCAACUCUUGGUAUCAAAAAAAAAAAAAAAAAAAAAAAAAAGAAAGAAAAAAAGAAUAAAGGAAUAAAAGAGGGCUGUGAAGAGAAAUAUCUAUACUCUAAGUGGAGUAAUAUCUGACUGUUGAGUCAGGUUCUGUGGCAUGUGAAACAAUAUGAGAUCCCCAGAUGUCACUGGUUACUCCUAUAUAUGGAUAUAGUGGUGUAUCUGUUCCACUAUUGUUGGACAUUUAAGUUGCUUCCAGUUAGAGGCAUGUCUUAAUCUGUUUUCUGCUACUACAGCAAAAUACCUGAGGCUGGACAGUUUAUAAAGAAAAGUUUAUUUAUCUCAGUUCUGGAAGUUCAGAUCACAGCACCAACAUCUGUUCAGCUCAGCUAAAGGUCUUGUGGCAGGAAUAUGUAGAAAAGGAAGAGAUUACAUGGUAAGACAGGAAGCAAGAGAGACUCAGGGGAGGUCCCAAGCUCACUAUAACAACCUGCUCCUGUGGGACUUCCUGAGAGACCAAGAACUAUCUGAAUCUCUUCCAAAGGUGGCUUUGAUACCUCCCAGUAGGGUGCAGCUCUUAAAGGUCCUAUCACCCCUCGGUGCCACUGCAGUGAGGGCCAAGCCUUCAGCAUGUGAACCUGGGGGCAGGGGAUACACUCAAAUACCCAAACCAUAGAAGAGUCAUUCACACUCUGUAGGCACAGGGACCUUUCUAGGGCUUUGUGUUCUUUUCAGCUGGGUGAUCUUCUGCGUUGAGUUCAAGAAGGCCUGCAAGGCCAUCACUGGCAGACCACCUCUCCCAGGGCAGGUUUCUCUGUCCCUUGUAACACUGCAGCUGAAACCCAUGAACAUUUUUUCCUGUCCCCACAGUACCUGCAUGGUGUGGGAAGCAGGUUCUGGGGUCACAGAAGGCCAGAGGCCAUGGCAUGGUCUCCCCUACCACAUUUCUGUUCCCCCAGCCAGUUUGGGUUUGCAAAUACAGCACUAGAUCUUGGCCCAAGGUGCAUUUGGGGUAGCAUUUGCUAUGAGUGGGAAGAGAAUGAUUUCUAGUGCCAAAGUGGCUGAAGAGAUUUUGCUGAAACCAGAAAAUUGAUCACAUCUCCCCAUGCUAUUUUGGUUUCACGAGGCACAAGCUCUUUGAAACAAUGAGGAUAAAGAAACAUUCCAAACUCAGCCUGUGGUUGGAAAGUCCAUGAGUAAUCCUUCUCCUAGCGAACCUGGAGGGGGAACACACGCUUGUGAGCUGAAAAGCUGAGGGCCUCGUGGGACAAAUGCUGGGAGCCUCUUGAGACUCAUUCUGUGCAGUGUCUGGGGCUGGCCCGCACGACUUCACUGUGGCUUGGGGGUCUGGCCUGUGCCCCCAACCAGAACACAAAAGCAGGGACCCGUUUCUAGUGUUUGCUCCCAUUUAGAGACAUCUUGUCAUAUGUAUUUUUCCAAUUUUUUUUACUGAUUGCAGUGUAUUUUUUUAUUGGUGCAUGUUAGUAGUAUAGAACGGUAGGUAAGGUUGGUUUUAGAAAAUUGAUGUGUACAUUGAAAAUAUUUCUAUUAUUUUUCCACCUCUCUUUUUCUCCUCCCCUGCCCCCUUUUUCAUCUCCAGAAGUCUACCUUUUAGUUUCCUUCAUCUUUCCUUUACUUCCUUCAUUUACUCACUUUUGGUUUUCUCAUAUAAGAGAAAACAUGCAAUAUUUAACCUUUUUUUGGUCUUUUUGAGAUAGGGUCUCACUGUACAAGUCAGGCUGGCCUUGAACUCGUUUUGUAGCCUAGGCUGGCUUCAUACUGGUAGCAAUCCUCCUGUCUCACUCUCCUGAGUGUUGGGAAUUUAGGUAUGAGUCACCACACCUGGUUACCUUUCUGAGUCAAAUUUAGUUGUGGUAAAAGUCACAUAAAAUUUAACUUUUUUGGUGUGGUACUGGGGAUUGAACCCAGGGCUUUCCACUGAGCUAUGUCUCUAGCCCUUUUAAAUUUUUUUAUUUUGAGAUAGGGUCUUGAUAAAUCUCUAAAUGGCCCCAAGUGGGCUCACACUUGUGAUCCUCCUGCCUCAGCCUCUCUGAGUACUAGGAUUACAAGCAUGCACCUUAUACCUGCCUAAUUAACUGUUUUAAAGUACACAAAUUAGUGAUAAUUAGCACUUUCACAAUGUUGUAUAAUGGGCACAUCUGUCUAGUUCCAAGACAUUUUCAUCUUCCCGAAAGAAAACUUUGUGCCUAUUAUGAAGUAGUCACUCCGUGUUCUUUCCUGCCUCAGCCCUGUCCCCACCAUCACUCAUCUGGUUUCGGUCCUUAUGGAUUUACCAGCUUAGAACAUGUCCUGUAAAUAGAAUCAUAUAACAUGGAGCUUUGUGUAUUUGGUUUACUUGACUCAGCAUGGUCUUGAGCUUUAUCCUUUACAUUAUGAAGUGUUGAUCUUAUAUUCCUUUUUAAGGGUGAAUAAUAUUCUAUUGUAUGGAUAUGCCAGAUUUGGUUAUCCAUACAUUGACCCAUUAGCUGACAGUUGUUGCAUCCACCUUUCAGCUGCUAUGAAUAGCACUAUUCAAGGUUUUGUCAGAACUCCUGCUUCCAGUCCCUCUGAGGGUUUGCUUCAAGUGGAAUUAUUAGUCAUAUAGCCAGCCACUCUCUUUCACACCCUGGAACAUUUUAUGCCAUAAAGAUGGAUUCUGUGUUUAUAAAAUUGGCCUACCUAGGCCCUUGAUUUUUGACUUUGGUUGUGUAUUGGGAGGAAUGGUUGUUCUCACUUCUGAAGAUCUUGAUGGAAUUGACUUGGGCAUUUUGAGUUUUCUCCGAUACUCUGUAUCAAAUCUAGGAGUGCUCUGCCACUGAAUCACAUCCCUGGCCUCUUUUUAAUUUUUAUUUUGGGCCAGGGUCGCUUUAAGUUGCUCAGCUGGACUGGAACUUGCAAUCCUCAUGCCUCAGCCUCUCGUAGUGCUGGGAUUACAACUGUGUGCCACCACACCCAGCUACUUUUCUUGUUUAUAAAUUGUAUAUCUCAUGCAUUUUAUCACAGGAACAGGCAGUUAACAUACCAGGUGUCAGAUAUUGAAGUUAUUCCUUAGAUAUUGAACACAAAGAAGGGUCUAAGAUGGUUCACUCAGCUGCACAUUAGAGUCACCUGAGGAACUUUUAAACCUUGCAACAUAAACCAGAUGUGACUUAGUGAUGGUCUGCCUCAAAAAUAAAUAAUAAUAAAUAAACAAAAGGAUGGGGAUGUAGCUCUGUAUAUAGGCCAUGAGUUUAGUCCUUAGUAUAGCAAGUCUUUCUUGGUCCUCCUCUCAGUCCGGGAAGUUUAUAUUUGUAAUCCCAUGGAAAAAUUGUUGGAAUUCUACCAAGUUAAUUCCAAUCUGCCACUUACAGUGCAAGCCAUGGCGAGAAUAAAGACACUAAGACAUAUUUGUAGUUAUGGGGAACCAAGGGGGUUCUAAGUCCAGCCAAGAUGGUGACUCACCGGAACAAAGGCCCAGACCCAGGGCCUAAGCCAGAUUUUAUUAACUUGUGAAGAAGGGAGUGACUCAAGGAUGAGUGACUAUGAGAAAGGUGGGAGCUGGGCUAGAGAGGUGACCUGAGAUCUCCUCUGCAGUCUGCAGAGAGGAUAUGCAGAAAGAGGAAUCUGCGUAACACAAUUGAGGAAGUUUUAGGGUUGGUGCUUCAGUUCUGAUAUGUAAAUUUUUCUGCCCUGGGAAGUCAUAUUAUCCCAGUUGACAGUGUGGAGUGGUGGCUUUUCAUCCCACCUGGCUCAACUAUGUUUUUUGGAGUGGGGCGGGGAAACGGACUGUCACGUAGCUUCAAAUAUUACCCAUCAGCUCCUCAGCCAGCCCUAUUCACAUUGCUUAGAGCCAACUGAAGGGGAAAGGAAAUGGCCUAGCCAGCUCUGUAUAUAUCGGUACAUGGAGAUAGGGCCAGGUUAACCCAAAAUGGAGAUAACUGCUCUUUAUUCAAGAAGAGUUGUCCAGGUGGUCUUCUACACUUAGUACUGGGGGUGGGGGGAGAAAGAAAAAGAAGAGAAGUGGAAUUUGGCUUAUGGCUUCAGAGCUUUCUGUCCAUGGUUGGAUGGGCUCUCUUGCUCUUGGGCUGAGGAAAGAGCUGAGGUCCUGAUGUCCCCAUCAAGGGCAGUUCACAACGGCCCAACUUCUUUUUACUAGGUCCUGUGUCCAUUGGUUUGGUGUAGUGCCGCAGGUUGGUGACCAAGCCUUUAACACAUGUUCCUUUGGAAGACAUUUAAGAUGUAAACCAUAACAUCUGUUCUCUUGCUUUCUACCUGCAGCCACAUUUCCGCUCGCCCUUUGAAGGCUGUGUCCCUAAGGGAGGAGUGGCUCUUGGAGCCCACUUGGAGCUUGGCCUUGAGUUCUCACAGUCGUCACUAGCAGCGCAGUGCAUGUUUCUCAUAGCUGCCCACACAGAUGAGGAAAGAGACAGAGGUUGUCUGAGGUUUAAAAAGAAAAAGCAGUUAUGAGAAACAGACUUUAUGAGAGAACUAGGGCAAGAGGGCAUGCCCUCAGGGUGAGUGAAUGUCCUGGGAAGACCCACGGACACAUCCUGGAGCUGUUACCAAGGUGGCUGAGCAGGGCCCAGGCCCUAGUCCAGGCUUCUCCUGUAGCAUUUCUCAUCUUCCUCAGACUGGGAAUAAAAGCAAUGAAGCUUUUUCUGAUUUCCAGAUGGAUCCUUUCCAAAAAUACUGACAUGAGAAGAAAAUCUGCUAAGCCAUUGCCAAAUGAGUUGACUUUUUUCUUCUCACAAGUCAUACUUCUUAUUUUAAUUUGGUGAAUUUUUUUUCUGGCAAAGAUAUUCCCAAGCAACUAAGCUCUGGAUGGCCAAGAUUUGUUAUUAGAAUGAUCACUGCUAAUUCUGGGUUAUGAUUCACUUGGAUAUGAAAAAAUCAGGGUUGUCCUAAGCUCUUUUUGAUUCGAUGGUAUAUAUUUCCUGUCAAUAAAUGGUGAGGAGUUUCCUUUAGGCUGCGGGUUGCUGUUUUAUUCUGAGUUGAGUCAUUUUCUCCCGCAAGUUGAAAAUUUCACAUAGUUUCUCAGGGAAAAGGAGGAGGGGCCACAUUGCUGUAACAAAUACCUGAGAUACAGGCAUGUGGCACAUACCUGUAAUCCCAGCUACUUGGGGGGCUGAGGCAGGAGGAUCCCAAGUUUGAGACCAGCCUGGGCAACUUAGACUGUCUCAAAAUUAAAAAUAAGUAAAUAAAAACAGUAAAGGCAUUAAAAUGUAGAUCAGUGCUAGAGCAUGUGCAAGACCCUAAAGUCAAUUCUCAGUAUCACAAAAAAGCAAACAAAAAACCCACAAAAUCAAACAAACUAAAGCUCUACCACCUCUCAAUGGCCCAUAGGCUGAGGAUCAAGCUGCUAUGCAUGAGCCUUUGGAGUACAUUUCACAUCCAAACCCUUAACAUCUGUUUUAGGUUGUUCAGGAAUCUUACUGCAAACACCAUAGGACUCAUUCUAGGUCAUUGAAACUAAGCAAAAAUUUAUUCGGGAACAUUAGGUUUUCCCAGGCUACUCGGACAGGGUCAGGAGCAAUGCCUGUAUCAGGAAGUGGACAUCUCCAGCAAAGACUUCACAGCCACUGCCACUGGGAGGCGACCCUGGGCAGCUCAUGGGAACCAUGUCUGGUCUUGGGUGCCAGGAAUUCUGCCACAGGCGCCUGAAAGUCAGAUGCCUCUGCAGCCAUUCUGGCCAGCCAGUGCUUCCCACAUGGCACCUACUUCUGAAUCCAAGUCUCCCUGGGGGUCUGCUUGACAAAAGAGAAGUCACAUGCAUGGGCCCCAACUGCUAGGGAAGUUAGGAAAGAGUUUGUGGCUUUUGUGUUGAAUAGUCAGGACUUGAAACAUAAGAAAUUCCCUACACGUAGAAAAACUGCUUGAAAGUUGGCACCAUGUUUGGUGUCAGAUGCCUACUAUCAGCAGAGAUGGUUUGGUUGCAAGGAACAGAAACCUACUCGUUGAUACAGAAAUGAGAAUAGGGAAAUGCCACAGAAACCACUCUUUAGGGCCCUGUGGGAACUAGAGAGGUGGCCAGAAGCUGUCUUUCUACUGGGCUUUCUGAGCUCCCUCCAACUUUGUGAAUCUCAUGUCAGAUCUACUGUGCUCUCUGAAUGCACUGUGGACUGAAAGUUUGGGUCCUCACACCCAAUUCAUAUGUUGAAACCAAGUUCCCAGGGUGACAUUUUAAGAGGUGAGGUCCUUGGGGCAUGAUAGGGCGUGACUAAGACUGGUAUUCUUAUAAAAGAAACCUGGACGUGGUGGCACAAGCUUGUAGUUGCAGCACUUGAGAGGCUGAGGCAGGAGGAUCAUGAGGUCAGCCUGGGUUGCAUAGUAAGACCCUGUCUCAACAACAACGAUGACAACGAUGAUGACGAGACCUGAGAGAGUUCCUAUACCUGUUCUACCAUGUAAGGAUACAGCAAGAAGAUGGCCAUCUAUGAAGCUGGAUGUAAAUGCUCACCACCUGCUGAGCCUGCCUUGAUCUUGGGCUUUCCAGCCGGGAGAACUGUGAGAAGUUUGUUAUUUCUAAUUUCCCAGUGUAUGCUCUUUUAUUAUGGCAGUGUGAACAGACUGACACUGAACCUGCUUCGUCACCUCGCCUCAGCUUUUGCUACUCCAUAAUUCUGAGCUGCCUGUGGCUUUGAUACAAACUCUAGCCACAGUGCUAGGCAGAUUUGUGCAUCUAUGAGCUCAUGGACCUAAGGGGCCCUCAGUGCCUAUUUCACUUGCAUGAUUAGCUCUGCUUAGGUCAAAGUGCUCCCCCAGGGUGCAAGCAGCCAUGGCUGGGAGGAGGCGGCACAGACACAUGAGACUCUGAGUAGGGUAUUUUUGCUUAGAAAUAGUGGUUGACAACAGCUGCUGUAGAACUAUGGAAAAUGAGAACUAGAAGGGCCCUCCAAGGCCAGGAAGCGCUGUUCCUUCAGUUUACAGUUAAAGAAACAGGAACUCAGCCAGGUGUGGUGGUUUAGGCCUGUACGUAAUCCUAGCUCCCUGGGAGGCUGAGGCCAGAGGAUCACAAGUUCUAGCCCACCCUGGCCAAUUUAGAGGUUUAGUGAGCUCUUGUCUCCAAAUAAAACAUAAAAAGGGCUGCGGAUGGAGCUCAGUGCAAAGGCCCUGAGUUCAAUCCUUAAUAUCAUAAACAAACAAAACCAAAACCCCCCAAAAGCUUAGAAAUUUAGGUAGUAGUAUGGGAGAGAUAGUAGAGUAGAAAGAUAAAAAUUGUUGUCAUUUAAUAAUCAGGAAUAUCAGCUUCGUCUUUUGUGAGAAAAGGAGAAUAAUACUCACUUGAAGGGCUAUCAUAGUCAGUGAAAAUAAUGUACAAGCAAUCUUAACCCUGAGCUCCGUCAGGACCUUGUCACAGUCUGGAAGAGUUUGUAUUUGUGAUCCCAAGGAAAAGUUAUUGGAAUUCUAGCAAAUAAAUCCCAAUUUACCACUUCCAGUACAACCCACAGUGCAAAUAAAGAGACACAUCUACAGUGGUGGAGAGUCAAGGGAGUCCUAAGUCAGAACAAUGACUAACCAGAACAAAAGCUGAACUCUGGUUUUAUUAAUUUGCGAAGAAGGGAGUGGCUCGGGAUUGGGUGACUGUGAGAAUGGCAGGAAGUGUGUGAGUACUGUGAGCUGGGUUAGGUACAGGCACAGUAACAUCUCUGCAAUAAGUGUUACAGAAAAACCAAUAUCAAAGCUAAUGAAAGACUGCACCGAGGAAUCUAGAAGGCUACUGUUUAUUACACGAGUGGGCUGAUGGGAACCUCAGUUCCAAAUCAUCAGCACUGAGGCAGCACUGGGCUUGGUUUAAACACAGUUUGCAAGCAGGAAGUACAAGGCUUUACACGAUUGGUUACGUGGAUUGAAUCAAGCCACAUAUUGUCAGGAAUUGUUUGUCACAGCAGGAAAAUCCCGGAGAGGAGGGCAGGGGGUUCAAGUGGAACAAGUGCAGUUAAAAAGUAUCUUUGGGUUACUCUGCCCCAACCAAAGUCCUUGAAGCCAGUUAGAAGCAAUAUAUUUUCUUAAUAAGGGAAACGUAAGCUGAGAAUAGUCACAUUGGCCCAGUGCAUUAUCAGAAGAAAAGCAGUCGGACCCAGACAGUCAAGGGCGACUUAAGUUAGCAGCCGUGACAAGCAGCAGGAGCCUGGUCACAGGACUCUAACCGAUCUCUAGCUUUUACUAGGAAAUACCUGUAAGUAUGCUCUUCUGUAACUGUGCCUUUACUAAUCAUACAAUUGUGCCCAAACAUGCAGAGAUAGGUCUCCAGAAAGAGUAAUCUGUAUAACACAGUUUGAAGAAAUAUUUUGUAUUUUGGGGUCAGUGCUUCAGCUUUGAUGCCUGGUCUUCAUGCUCUGAUAUGGCAUGAAUUCUUUCUGGAUAGCGCAGUGUCAUUUGACCUUGCUCACACUAUAGGGCAUCACUGACCACAAGUGCAUUGCUUUAAAGUCUACACAUCACUACCUCAGCUAGACUCAUUUGAAUUGCUUAAAGACAAUUAAAGGGGUAAAGAAAUACCCUAGCCAGUCCUGCACAUAUCAAUACAUGGGAAGUAGGGCCAGGAUUCACCAAGAUGGAGCCAAAUGCUCUUCUUUCAAGGAGACCCAUCUCGGUGGUCCUCCACAAGCAAACGCUUAUCAAAAGUUGGUUGUUAUGAGACCAAAAAAAUGCGUAAAAGUUAAUUUGAGUGAUAUUAUACAUGCUUUUAUCACCCAGAUAACAUUGUUACCAGAGUCCUUAAACAAUGUCCUAUACGUAUCUACUAUCAUUUGUGAUUGAGUUCUUGUGUAUGGUAUGAGGUAGGAGUUGAGGUUCUUUUUAUUUUCUAGGAUUACAAUAUAUAGUUUUAAUUUGUUAUGGUGUACCUUGAAUUAUUCUCAUAGUGCUUUGUAUAUAAUGUAAGAUAUGAGUCAAUUCAAUUUACUUCCCUUCUCAUUUUUAUGUGACUAUUGUCAUAUUUCUUGUUUAUGUUAUAAAACCCACAAUACAUUGCUUUUUAUUAGUUUUUUAGUAGCACAUGUUUAUAGUACAUAACAGGAAUACAUUCUUCAUGGGAAGUUGGGACAUGUAUAUACCACAUCUUAAUUCUUUUAUUGUCCCCUUCUCCUUCCCUCCCUCUUUCUUUUGGUCCCUUUCCUGUAUAUGAAAUAUCUAUCUUGUUACUUCUUGUUAUCUUUUAUUUUGGUCUUUACAUAUACUUUGUGUUACUCAUAAGAGAAAUUGUGUGAUAUUUGAGCGUGUGUCUGAUUUAUUUUACUUAAUAUUAUAUUCUCAAGGUUCUAUACAUGACUCAAGUUUAGCCUUCUUUAUGGUGGAGUAGUAUGCCUUUGUAAAUAAAUACCACAUUUUCUUUAUCCAUUCAUCUUUUUUUUUUUUUUUUUUUGUCUUUUUCGUUUUUAUCGGUACCAGGGAUCGAACUCACGACUGCCUGCUUGCAAGGCAGGCGCUUAUGCCGCUGAGCUAAAUCCCCAGCCCCUAUCCAUUCAUCUUUUGAUGGAUAUGUAAACUGCUUCCAUGAUUUAGCUAUCCUGAAUUAUGCUAUUAUGAACAUGGGUAUGCAUGUGUUACUGUAGAAUGAUUUUUUAAAUUCUUUCAGGAAGAUACCUAGGGGACUAGCUGGGUAAAAUGUAAUUUCUUGUUUAAGUUUUUGAAGAAUCUCCAUACUCAUUUCCAUAGUGGUUGUACCAGUUUACACUCUCACCAGCAAUGGAGAAGGCUCCUUUUUUCCCCAUAGCUUUGCCAACAUUUAUUAUUGGUUGAUUUCUUGAUUAUAGCCAUUCUUUCUGGAGUGAGAUGAAAUCUCAGUGGUGUUCUAAUUUGCAUUUCUUUAAUGGCCAGAGAUGCUAAACAUUUUUUUUCAUGUACCUAUAGGCCAUUUAUAUUUCUUCUUUGGAGAAGUGUCUAUUCAUUUCAGUUGCUAAUUUUCUGGCUGGGUCUUCUAUUUUGGAGGAUUUAAUUUCCAUGAGUUCUGUAUAUGUUCUAGAGAUUAGUCUGAGAAAUAGUUGGAAAUUUUUUUUCCCAUUUAGUAGAUUGUCUCUUCAUUCUGUUGGUUGUUUCCUUUACUGUGCAGAAACUUUUUAAUUUGAUAUGAUAAUUUGAUUUGAUUCUUGGUAUUUCUUAUGCAAUUAGAAUUUUGUUCAGAAAGUCCUUGCCUAUACCUGUGACUUCAAGUUUUACUCAUUGUAUCUUGCAGCAGACGGUUUGUUUUACUAUUUAGAUCUAUGAUAUAUUUUGAUUUUAGUUUAAGAUAUGAUGAGAGGUAUGGAUAUAGAUUCAAUCUUCUGUAUAUGGAUAGCCAGUUUUCCCAGCACCAUUUGUUAAAGAGGCUAUCUUUCUUCCAGAGUAUGUUUUUGGCUCCUUUGUCAAAGAUCAGUUAGCCGAAUGUGCUUGGAGUUUUAUUAUAUCCUCUGUGUUGUUCUCUUGAUCCACGUCUUUUUUUCCCAGUACCAUUCUGUUUAGACAACGUAACUUUGUACUAUAACUUGAAGUCCAGGACUGUGAUUCCUCUUGCCUUGUUCUGGUUUGCCAGAAUGGUUUUUGUUAUUCGGAGUCUCUUCUUGUUCUACAUGAAUUUUAGUUUUCUCUAGUUCUAUGAUGAAUGCUGUUGGUAUUUUGACUGGGGCUGCAUUCAAUCUAUAUAUCAGUUUUGGAAUUAUGGUCGGUCAUUUUGAUUAUGAUUGUUCUCUCUAUUCAGAAACAGGUAAUGUCUUUCCAUUUUCUACUUCAAUCUCUUUUUUCUCUCUUUUGUUUAACUGCUCAUCCUGCCUGGUGUACUCAUUGUAUUAGAUUUUUUUGGCAUUGUUGGAUUCAUUGUCUCUCUGUAGGAUAUCCUUGAAAACUUUUUGUAGUGUUGGCUUGGUGGUCAGGAAUUUUUCAAGUUGCACUUUAACAUGGAAAUACCAUCAAUUUUGAAAGAAAGUUUUGCCAGAUAUGUAGGUUGGGGUUGGAAGUUAUGUUUUAGGGCCUGAAAUACUUAAAAAAUCUCUCCUGGUCUUUAGUUUUUACGUUAAGAAGUCUGCUGUGAUUCUAAAGGGUUAAGAUGCUAUUGAUGCUAUUGUGGAUAUCAGCAUGAGUCAUAUUUUUAAGAUUGCGUUUUUCUUAAUCAGAAAGAAGAGUAAAAUGAAGAACUAUUUCUAAGAAAAUCUGAUGCCUUUGACUUGACCUAGUUAGAAGAAUUGGUAGGAGAAGGUUUUGCCUGUGUCCUGCUGAGGUCUGGAGUUAAAAUUAUAAUUUUGGCCCUGUUUCCCUACUAGAGUGUUUCCCAGCCCAGUAAAGGCUCUGUUCGCAACUAAGCACAGCACAAGUUUCAAGGAGCUUGCUGGCUGCAAAAGGCUUCCUAAAGCUUGGUCCCUGUCUCAGUUUUCAGGGAGAAGGAAAAGCUAAGUCAAGCUUUAAUAUCAGAUUUUGUAUUUUUUUUUUUUUUUUGGUACUGGGGAUUAAACCCACCCAGGGCCUUUGUGCUGAGCUAUAUCCCCAGCCCUCUGUGUGUGUGUGUGUGUGUGUGUGUGUGUGUGUGUGUGUUUGUGUGUGUGUGUUUGAAACAGGGUCUUGCUAUGCAGUUCAGGCUGACCUCCAACUUGCAGUGAUUCUCUUGCCUCAGCCUCUGAGUGCUGGGAUGACAGGCAUUCGCCCCCAUGCCCAGCCCCAGCCUUUUUAAAUUUUUGAUUUGAAACAGGUCUCAUUAAGUCACCAAUCUUCCCAGGUGGGACUUGAAUUUGUGAUCCUCCUUUCUCAGAGUGCUGGGACUACAGGCAUGCACGGAAUGGGCCUGGCAACACUACAAUGUUGAAGUACCUACAGUUUUCAAGCAAACAUUCAAACCAAGUCUAAGAGGACUGAAACCCUUUCCCAGCAGCUGAGAAAACACGGAGUGUUCACAACAGACUGAAGAGAUCCUGGGAGCUAAGCAAACCCACAUACCCCUGGUAUUGGCCACACCUUCAGAUUCCUGCAGGGGACUAGCUAAGCAAGGCAGGGGACCUGCACCCAAUGGGAGGGAUCAAAUAACAGGUCAGCAAUAAUUGCCAGAAAUUUGGUAGUACCUCUGAGGAAGGGUGGAAAUUAUAAACCAGUGAGCAUAUUUACCUCUGGGUCCCCUUUUCCCUCUACAGGAACUGUGGAUUGAGCAUAUUUCACUUUAGAGCUAUUCCUGGCCAGAAAAUAAAAAUUAUGUAUUUGUCAAUACUGCCUUUUCCACUUGUUUUCAAGGCUCUGCUUGGGACCUGUGUCUUCCGCAAGACAACAGAUCAUGCCCUUUUAUUUGCAGCCAGGGCCAAGCCUACUAGGUGGUGGCUUUUGAAGUCUUUAUCUGACCUGCCAUUCAAACAUUCACAACAAAACUGAUAAGCACUUUUCUUUCACAAGAUGAUGUCAAAAAGUUCCUAGGGAGCACGGGCUGGUGAAAGGACCUUACCUGCUAACUGAUUCUCUUGAAAGUGGGAGAAGUCUUUUUAGUGUUCUGUCCUUAUGGUUUAAUUUUAGUGACUAUUACAGAAGAAAAAAAGAUUGGUAGGCUUCUCUAUGUCAUUCCCAUCCUCCUUGCUCCCCCCACUUCUUCCUUCUCUAGAGGCUUAACUUACUCACUGGGAGUUUGCAGGAAUUGGAUUCUUAGGCUGAGAAGGGCCAAUAGUACCAACAGCAAAUGUAAGCCACGUAUACAUACAUUUCCCAAGUAGCGACAUUCAAAAAGUUAGAAACAGUUGACAUUAAUGUGAAUAUUUUAUGUAACUCAAUAUAUCUAAAAUAGCGCUUGAAAGCUAGGGACAUAGCUCAGUGGUAGGGCAGUUUCCUAACAUGAAGAAGCCCUGGGUUCCAUCCUGAGUUGCCCCUACAACCCAUAAAAACAUUUCACCAUGUAAUCAAUGCAAAAAUUAUUGAUGUGAUAUUUUACUCAUUGGCAUUAAAACUAUGAGAUCUGGUAUAUCAUCUGCAGUGAUGGGCGGGCCACAUUUCUAAUGCCUGGUAGCCUGUGUAGCCAGUGGUCAUCACAUCGGGCAGUGCAAGCCUAUAGUGCUGGCUUCAGCGAUCCUGCAAUGCUUGCAAACUGGAAACACUCAAGGCCAUAUUCUAGGAGCAUACAGCGAUGAUGCAGGUUGGAAGGAGUUCAGAACGUGGUCCAUGGCGGGGAUGAAGCACGGGAUUGCUGAUUUAGUGGUGGUCCUCUGCCUGCCCAGCAUCCGGGCCACCGGGUCCUGUUUGCGCGCCUGCCCCGCUGCCUGUAGCUGCAGCAACGCGGAGCACGGCUGCUGGGUGCGCUGCGACCGCGCGGGCCUGCAGCGAGUGCCGGCUGAGUUCCCGUGCGAGGCAGCCUCCAUCGACCUGGACCGCAACGGCCUACGCAUACUGGGCGAGCGCGCCUUUGGCACGCUGCCGUCGCUGCACCGCCUGUCGCUGCGCCACAACAACCUUUCCUUCAUCACGCCAGGCGCCUUCAAGGGUCUGUCUUGGUUGGCGGAGCUGCGCCUGGCGCACAACGGCGACCUGCGCUACCUGCACGCGCGCACCUUCGCAGCGCUGGGCCGCCUGCGUCACCUCGACCUGGCUGCCUGUCGCCUGUUCAGCGUGCCCGAGCGCCUGCUAGCAGAGCUGCCGGCCUUGCUCGAGCUCGCCGCCUUUGACAACCUGUUCCGCCGCGUACCCGGUGCUCUCCGCGGCCUGGCCAACCUGACACACGCGCAUCUGGAGCGUGGCCGCAUUGAGGCGGUGGCCUCGAGCUCGCUGCAGGGCCUGCGGCGACUGCGCUCUCUCAACCUGCAGGCCAAUCGCGUCCGAGCUGUGCACGCCUGGGCCUUCGGCGACUGCGGCUCACUGGAGUACUUGCUGCUCAACGACAACCUGCUGGCCGUCCUGCCGCCAGACGCCUUCCGUGGCCUGCACCGCCUCCGCACCCUCAACCUGGGUGGCAACGCGCUGGGUGGUGUGGCACGCGCCUGGUUUGCAGACCUGGCCGAGCUGGAGCUGCUCUACCUGGACCGUAACAGCAUCGCCUUCGUGGAGGAGGGCGCCUUCCAGAACCUCUCUGGCCUCCUGGCGCUGCACCUCAACGGCAACCGCCUCACCGUGCUCUCCUGGGCCGCCUUCCAGCCUGGUUUCUUCCUGGGCCGCCUCUUCCUCUUCCGCAACCCUUGGCACUGCGACUGCCACCUGGAGUGGCUGCGGGACUGGAUAGAAGGCUCUAGUCGCGUCACUGACGUGCCUUGCGCCUCCCCGGGCUCCGUGGCCGGCCUGGACCUCAGCCAGGUGGCCUUCGAGCGCUCCUCCAAUGGCCUCUGUGUGGACCCUGUGGAGCUGAACCUUACGGCUUCUAGUCCGGGCAUGUCCCUGGGACCGGUGGCCACCACCGCAAGCAGGUUCAGCAGCCUCCUCUCCAAGUUGCUGGCCCCGAGGGUCAAUGUGGAGGAGGCCAUCAACGCCACAGCUGGGCUGGCCAACGCCUCGCUGUCCUACACUCUUCCCUCCUGUGGGGUUGUGGACUCUGGCCAUAAGGACAAGUUUCUCUUUGCCUCUUGUCUCCUGCUCAGCCUGGCUAGGCAUAUGACAUUCGGCCGGCAGCUGGACUGACCAUGCCACUUUGGGGUGGCCCGAAGUGCUUUGGCCAAAGGGGAAAAGCUGGGCUUAGGGAACAGGAUGAGGGCAAGUUAUGAAAAUUCUAGUGGAGGAUGGAAGGAAGACUUUGCCGCCACAGAUGGUCCUAGGUAGAGAAAGGCCUUGGAUUGGCACUGGGCCGGGGGUAGUUGUGGAUUUCUGCUCUUGGGCAUCCUUUGGCAAAGCAAACAAGAAUGACGGUGGGCUGCUGAGUUCAAAGGCUGGGAACUGGGAGUCUCUAGUGCUCCACCCCAGCCCACUCUCCCAUCUUCCAGGCAACAGUGCCUGAGUUAGAGGCGGUCCAUGGCUAAGAACGAUCAACUGUGCCAAUUCUCCUGGUAGGGUAACUUAUUAAGUCUAAUUCUUUGUUUUCUACCUACCCUUCUUCUUCCUCCCUAAAUAUCUGCCUGGGGAAACUAGGGUUCAGGACGGUAGGUAGAAUACGACAGAAGAGGGAUGGGAGAGACUUAGACUCAAGGGGGUGCAAGGUGGUUCCUGGAAUCUGAGAUGUGUUAAGAGGCAAUUAAAACCAAGACCCAUUUUACUUACCCCAUAUUUAUUUCAGGAGUGUCUGUAGCCACAAAAGAACUUUGGGGCAGCAGGAGAUGUUUGUAGACAAAUCUGUAAAAUUCCCAAAUUACAAAAAACCCCAAAGUUCCCAGUCUUUUGGGAGAUUGAGAUGGGUAGACUGCAAGUCCAAGGCCAGUGUGAGCAACUUCAAGACUCUGUCUCAGAUUUUGAAAAAGGACUGAGGAUGUAGCUCAGCGGGAAGGCCCUGGGUUCAAUCCCUAGUGUGCGUGUAUGGGGGAGGGGUGGAAUUAAGUGUUAAACCAGUUUCUCUAUAGUAGGACUUUCAGUCUUUCAGAUGCUAAGGUGUGCUGUGAACCCGAGGAGGCCACAAAAUCCUUUAUUUAAUGUUCUGUGGGAAGAGUGUUCAGAAGAGAGACAUUAUUAGUGUGGAGAUGUUUAUGAGCUGCGUGGUUUGGGGCUAACAGCCAAGCAGGAAGGAAGCAGGGUGGGAAGAGAGACAGGGAUACCUCAGGGUGGCGACUGACCAGCUAUCAGCUCCUGCGUCUACUCGCUAGAGCAGAGGCUGACCAGGACCUGUGGUGAGCAUUCAGGGCUCUGAGUGUGCAAGUGUCUGAAAGCAGGGCUGCCAGGUCUCACUGCAGUGGCCCCAGUAACUCAGCUUUUCUCAGGAUUGCAGUGGAAGUGCGCAGAGGUGGGUUGGUCAGCCUUGGGAUCAGCAGCUCUUUGGGCCCAGAUGCAAGUGUAGGCUUUGCAGGCUGCCUUCUAAAUGCUGGCUCUGAGCUCAGUGUGAGUGGUAGAGCGCUUGCCCAGCAUAUGCAAGGCCCUAGAUUCUGUCCCCAGCAUCGCCUCCUGUCCCCCAACGCUGACUCUUCCACCUUCCCACACCCAUCUCUCUAUUUGGCAGCAGAGCCAUCCUGAGCUGGUCGUAACAGCCACAGGCUCCCGACAGGCCAUGAGGCAGUCAAGUCAAUAACAGUGCCAUAUGUCUGCUAAACACUUGCCCAAGCUAUUCCCUAUACCUUCUGCAGGGAUAACUGCGUUUGUUAACAUUUUGGAAAUCUGCAAUCUUAAAUGUCCUGACUUCCUUCCUCACUUUGUAUUUGGAGAGGUGAAUUGCAAAACCAACAGAUUCAGGUUGUACCACAUUGUCAAAUUUUUAUGGCAACAGCUCCUCCUCCAACUCCUUCCUCUCCUUUUCUCCCUCUCUUUUUAAUGGUACUGAGGAUUGAACUCAGAGAGGGCCUCAUGCAUGCUAGGCAAACACUACUACUGAGCUACAGUAUCUCCAGCACUUGUUAAAAAAAUUUGAAACAGGUUGCAUAGGCUGGGCUAGAUCUUUUGAUCUUCCUACCUCGGCCUCCCUUGUAGCUGGGAUUACAGAUAUGUGCCACCAUGCUCAGUUCACAGUAUUUCUUAAUCAUACCAAGUAUUAGAACUAUUGCAAGAGAGUUUAAAUGGGUUUUGACCAUUAGUGGUCAUCAACUCAGUGAAUAGAUCACGGUGAGCAUUUUCACAAACGACCAUGAGGGCUGGGAGUGCAGCUGCGUGGGAGAACAUGUACCGAGCAUACUUAGGGCCCUAGGUUCCAUCCCCAGCACGGCAAACAGUGAUUGUAGAAAUGUGAUAGAAUAGAAAAGUUACAGAGCAUCACAUGUAAUAUAUAAGCAAGCAGUUGUUUUGUGAAACUUUUUCUUAAUUUGAAUGCAUUUGUUCAAAUUGUGUGUGUGUGCAUGGGUACAGGGUUACUGUGUACAAUUUAUAUUUUAUUUUGGAGUCAUGGUUAAAAGAUGUGAAAACCAUUGAUCUGGAGCAUGCAUGAUUAAAAAAAUUAUUUCAAAAUUUUUCAUUCCUACAGAAAAGUUGCAAGAAUUGUGGAGUGAAUACUUUGUCCAUGUAUCUGUGUAUCCUAAUUAUUAGCUUUUUACGUAUUUGAAGUCUUUUUCUUCCCAUAUUAUUUCUUACUAGUAGUUCUAGUUGCUAAUAUCAUGACCCUUCAUCCCUAAAUACCUCAGAGUGUAUUUCUUAAGAAACAAAGAUAUUCUUUUAUAAUACCAUUAUCAAAGUCAAGAUUUUUAUCAUUGAUAGAACACUAUUAAAAUACACUCUUGGGGUGGGGGCUGUAGCUCAGUGGAACAACACUUGCCAAGUGUGUUCAAGGCCCAAGUUUUCAUCUCCAGCACUGCAAAAAAUAAUAAAAUAAAAUAAAAUAAAUCCUGCAUUUAAAUGUCAAACAAUUU